CGUGAUUUUUGGAACGUUAACUAAGUUAAUACGAGAUGCCAGAUGCUGGGAAAAUUUUUUCGAUUACUACUUAGAAAAAUGAGAUCUUGAAGAUCUGCACCAUGAUCCGCGCCUUUGGGUUGUCCGGGGACGAGCUCGCCCUCCCCGCGGCGCAAACCAAGGACGUUUGCUACGCGACGACGGACGUGGUCGACUGUCGGAAGCUGCGACUGGCCCUGUUCCGUCUCUGGCGGGCGGAGCGCCUGCUUGACCGUCUUUCCUUCCACUCGUGGCGGAUGCUUUUGCUGUGGAACGACGAGCUACUGGAGGACAACUUUUGCGGGCUGCGGAAGACCGACUUGCUGAGCUUCAACUGCGGGCGGCUGAAAUUUCUUCUCACGGAGUUUCCGGUGCAGGACUUUGAAUGGAUCGGCAACUUUCAGCGCUGGCUGGCGGAGAAGAAUCCUGGGGAAUGCCGGCUCGAAAUGGGCUCGACCGACGGCGCGGUGGCGGCUUUCAAAGCGCUGAAGAAGAUUUCGUGUGGAAGCAGGACCAGGAGUAGCAACCACAACCAGGAAGAUGCUGACGAUGAUCCUGCUCAGAAACCACGCGAUGUAGGUGACCAGUUGCAGAUACGACAUGAUCGAGGGAAAGAGGCAGUAGUGUGUGAGACUGAGGAACAGCCGUCGGCAGAUCAUCAGGAUGGGUCCGCAGAACAACGCACGUCUGACGAUUCUUCCGCAUCUAGUACAGGGGGUGCAGUUGCAGAAGUCUCCGCCACCGCCACAGACGGAGUAGGAGCAGCGGAAAGUGAUGUUGCUUCUGGUGUUGCUGCACGACCUCCACCUCCACCAGCUUCGAGUAAAGGUCAAGCAGCCUCGGCACCCCCGCCCAGCAGCUCUGCACCGUCACAAGAACUCGACUGGAAGUAUUUGCGAGACGAGGCGUCCCUCGUGGUGACGCAGGCGAAGUUUCGCCAAAUGCCCAGAGACGAGGUCUUGAAGGUUGUCCCCUGGCUCAGCCAGAACAGUUGUCUCGAAACGCUCCAUUUCGAAAAAUGUGACCUGCAAGGAGGGGAUGCGGGGAAGCUUGCGCAGGCGUGUUUUGCGGUAAACUGUUCCCUCGAGCAAGAGUUUGAUCUGUCCGACGUGCUCGCUGCCGUGCCGCAGCAAGGUCCUGGGGAAGCGGCGUGCUCUAGUAGUUCGAGCUCUGCUCCUUCUACUUUCGACGUCGUUGAAGAAAAGCGUCCCCCAACAUCUGCUUCCGGGGCAAGCGUCGACCUUGAUCGUGUCCGCACGGGGCGUCUUCAGCAGCAGCGUCUAGACCCUGCGCAGAUUGUUCCGCGCCUUCGGGACGCUCUGAAGACGCUCGGUUUGCGAACUUCCGCUGUCGAGGUAGAGAGCGAAGUAGACCAAGCUUCAUCAGCCUUGGCUGGUGUCUCUUCGGUGGACGACCUAACCUCCCUCGCUGAUGUUGAAAGUGACAUCACAACUAGUAGUGCAACUCCUGCUGCUCCGAUUGCAUCUAGUAGAACAAGCACAACCCCAACAGUUUCUUCAUCUUCAUCGAGGACUCCAACCGACAAAGAGAAGGGAACCACACACCAUCAAACGAGCGCCGCGUCCGCGUCGAGCAACAGUACUAAGAGAAGUGUAUCAAGUACAACAAGUCCACCCAGCAAAAAAGACAAAAGUAGCAGGCCGACAGCGGCAGUGAAUAAAGCGACCACGACGGGGAACAAGAGCUGUUCCAAAGUACUGGAGGACCACGCAGGGCAAAAAGACAAGCCGCAGGUCCUCGAGAAGACAACAUGCGGGGCUGUGCAGGUAAGCCUGAAUGUGAAAGAGGUGGACCUUUUCGGCGAUAUCGAGACCUCCACCAGUGCGGGCUCUGAGCCCGCAACCAGCUCGGAUUCGCAGCAUACUGGCGGGUCAACUAGCACAGGUGCAGCAUCAACUUCUAGCACGACAAAGGACGAAGGGAUUCUGAGCACUGAAAUACGGCAAAUCCUUCGCGCCCCGCGGCCUGCUCAGCUGCAGUUACAUCACCUCUCCCUGGCCCACAACCCGCUGUUGUCUCGCGACCUGAACGCCUUCAAGUUACUGAUCGAGGGGAUAAAGGCCAAUAUCUCGCUUUUGUCCCUCGAUUUGCGGUCCUGCGGAAUUCAGUCGACCAGCUUCACAACGGCCAGUGAUCCCGCCAGCCUGCGGAACGGCGACAGCUGCGCGCAGUUGGCGGAGCUACUGAAGACGAACCACAGCCUGCAACUGCUGGAUUUGUCCAACAACGAGCUCUGGUGUGCGGGCGUCGUCACCCUGACCAAGGGGUUGGAGCAAAAUCGGGGGCUGACCGAAUUGCGCCUGAAUUGCAACGAAAUCGCGGAUCUCGGUUGUCGUGUACUGUUCGAACGCGUGUUCUGUCCCAAGCAGGUGGUCGUCACGGGGGAAAGGAGCAGUAGUAGUACGACGACUGGCACGGCAGCAGCUUCCUGUUUCUCUUCAAGCACCUCCUCCUCGCCAUUCAGGAACAACAGCUCCAGAUUCGCAGUACCACCAUUGCCUCAGAGCGGCGGGGCAACUAGCUCUGUGUCCAUAACUUCUCCGGCAGCAUCGUCCUCGUUAUCCGGAGCAGGUGGAGUGGCCGCGGGCUCUGCUUUCGCAGCGAACCGAACUAUAGCUCCGGCUGGGUGGACGUCCCUCGGUGGUGGAUCAACAUCGUCCGCCACCUCCACCACGAGCAGCGCACAAAAUAAACCCGGCGGUGGAUUCUCGACAGCGACCGAAAACUACCUGCAACAGCAACGGCUGUUUGUCGAAACGGUGCACUUCGCUCAUCCGCGUCUGCGCCGUCUGGAGCUGCGACACAACAACAUCAGUGACGCGUUUCCGAUUGGUGAGGCGCUCUCCAAGCAGUGGCUUGCGAGAAAGACAAACUCGCUGAAGAGCUUUCGCGCUGGUUCUGCUUGGGACGAUUUUGAUUUCGUAGAGGACGUAGGCGCGUUUGCCAGCAAAAUGACGAGCAGUCCGUCACGGGGCAGUGCAAGCCGCCGCAUGACCGUCGGUACGCCCAACAGGACCAGCAGGCAACAUGCGGCGUCCCCCCUGUUGCAGGCCAGCAGCGAAGACCGGGCUAUUUGUACCACGCCCGGUGCUGGGGAAAAUAAGUCGGACUUAGCAGACGGCAGUUCGUGGUCUAACAGGCGCCCAAAAAGUCGAAGCUCUAGCAGCAAUUCCGAUUCAUCCUCGCGAGGGGGACUGUUGCAAGGACGCGGGCUCUCCACCGCGGCUGCGACGUCACAAUCUUUUUUUUCCCCCUCGGCCGAUGGACAUAGUAAAACGGCAGAACGAGACGGGCAAGAAGUUGAUAGUACAAAAACUUCGGCUGCAGGAGGGUGGAGACCGCAUGCUUCCUCUGCAUCUACUACUUCAUCAGACAUUCGGCAGCGGAAAUUUCGUUGGAAAGCAAAGACCACGGGUCAGAGUUGCGAGGACUUUUUGCUUGGCUUGUCCCAUUCUCCCGCGUCCGUCUUGGAGCAUUUGGAUCUGGAGGGGAACGCCAUCGAGGCGUUGCCCGAAACGUUCUUCGACCACCAUCUUUUUGGAUUGGUUUCCCUGAACCUGGCGAAGAACCUCCUCGAGCCGUACACGCUGAACGCGUUGGGAAAGUGCUUUAUGGAGAUGAUGACCGACCCGACGAGGACCGAGGUGCUGCAAACACUGGAUCUGACCAACUGCCACCAGAGUUCGUUUCCCGACCCCGUGCUGACCGUGCUGUGCCAGUCGCUGCAGCGCGACCGCGGGCUCCACACCUUGAUUCUGUCCGGGAACUUUGUGACGCCGCAAAACAUUCCGCAGAACUAUUGUAGCGGGCCGGCGAAAGCAGACGACGAGAGCAGCGACGGGAGUGGUGCUGGGUGUGACGUCGGCGACUGGCUAGAAUUCGACGACGAGCUUGACCGGCACGUCCUGAACUCCCUGACGCAGAGGCGACUGCGGACCAUCCGGCCGGACGGUCGCGUUCUUUUCGAACCACACCGACAAAUACCGGAAAGAACGCAGCUCAUGUCUGGCGCGCUCAUGUCUGGCGGUGGUGGGACAACCUCGACGUCCGCGUCGAAAUUAACAAGUUCCUCGUCGAGCUUGUUCAACAGCAAUUAUGGAGGGAGUGCUGUGAGCGCCGGCAGAGCGACUUCGUCUUCGCCACAUAAACGCGGUAGUCCAGGCGGCGGGGGUUCUACUGCUUCUACUUCCUUACUUUCCCCUCUCGUGGCUGCGGGCGCCAAUCAGACGAAGUGGCAGCCGAGUCGUGCGGUCGGCGGAAUGAUGGACCACCACCAUCAGAGCCCUGCGACAACCCGACCGGUCAUGGACUACACGGGGCCGCGCGCAACUGUUUUUGCCCUGCGCGAAGCGCUCAUCUACAGUCGCACGCUGCGCAUCCUCGAGCUGAGGAGCUGUCGCCUGCGGAGUCGCGACGUCGCGAUCGUGUGUGCGGGCUUGCGGGUGAACCCCUUCAUCACCACCGUGGAUCUCGCGUACAACAAGUUUGGGCGGCACGGCGCGCAAGCGGUCGCGGGGGUCAUGGAAAAGUCGCAAAAGGCGCUGGUCAAACUCGAUUUGUCGGGGAACACCAAGAUGGGAAGCAAAGGACUGCAGGCCAUCAGCGACGCCAUGCGGAACAAGAACAAAUUCCUCGAGGUCUUGCUGCUGAGCGACUGCAAUCUGGGGAACGCCGGGGCGGAGUUGCUCGGGCGGGUUUUGCAGGUGAACGAGAAAUUGCGGGAACUGUACCUGGCCGGGAACGAAAUUUCCGCCGUGCCUGUGCUGGCGGACGCACUGCGCUACAACAACAUCUCUUUGAAGAAGUUGGAUUUAUCGCGGAAUCAACUCAAGUGCGAGGGUAUUCGGGACUUGGCGGGCGCGUUGGGCGGCGUAGGAAAAGACUUCUUCAACACUUCUUCUCCGGGCAAGGGCGGUGGUGCUGCGAGGACGAAGGGCGUGUCAAAGUCUUCAGGCAGUCGAGGAACCCUCGUUGGACCGCGAGAUGAAUCUUCUGUCGUAGGCACUGCAGUGGCUGGCGAAAGCAAGAAAUUGGUGCAACACGACCAUGCUGCAGCAUCGUUUCAACCAGAUGCCCCGUCACCAGCGGCGGCCGAAGAUGUUGUCAACGAUGUCGCUGCAGCACCACCUCAAACGAGCGAUGUACCAACGACUAGUUCAGACGUAGCAGCAGGCGAAGACGCGACUGGCAGUAGCACGCUUGGUGUCUCUACUCAACUUCAACAUCCAUCGGAACAAGCAAAUAUGGCACCACCAGGGCCGUCUGAGGAGGUUGUAGAGCAGCCUCAGGAGCCGACGGGGAAUGCCGGCACCACUGGUACAACUAGCGCUGAGGUGGGCGAGAUGAAGAUGUUGACUGGCAAGGAUUUAUUCGUCUCGCCCCCAGACGAUCAAGAUCAAAACGACAUCAACAUCAUCAGCGAAAACGAGGCUACUUUCGAAAUGGACCAGGAGUUUCUGCCCGAAGUGCCGCUCUCCUCCGGCGAUUGCUUGUGGGUCGAGGCCGCUCCGUGUUGUCGCGUCACGCAUUUGUGGCUGGGUAAAAAUGGUAUUCGAGACGACGGAGCGUCAGUCUUGGCACAGUGUCUCUCCUCUGACUUCGUGCAGUCCGUUUCCCUCGAGGUUUUAGGCCUGAGCGACAACAACAUCGCGAACGAUGGGGCGGUAGCCUUCGCGUCCCGACUCGAGCACGCGAAGGGGCUACGCACACUGGAUCUGUCGGGGAACGAAUACUUCGGUCCCGAAGUCAUCCACGACCUGACUAAUCACGAGCUGCAGUGUCGAGUCAUUUUGUAG